AUGGCUCCAGCCAUGAUUCGCCAUCUUCUUGCAAGCGUUGUUCUCCUUAUGGCGGUCAUGGCAAACGGGCAACCCACGGGCUCCAAACAUCGGACGGCUAGAUGUGCUGACAGGAAAUUCAGUGCAUGUUACAGUCAGCCGGCACAGUACUGCCCCGCUGAAUGCCCAAAUUACUGUGCAGUUGACUGUUUUAGAUGCCUACCUGUUUGUGUUCCAAAGCCACCUCCAGGUCCACCACCACCACCAAGACAAAGACGGUCACCGCAUCCACCUCGUCCUCCACCACCACCAAGACGAAGACGGUCACCGCCUCCACCUCGUUCUCCACCACCACCACCUCAUUACCAUCAUUCCCCACCUCCUCCUUUCAAUGCUCCACCAUCACCCCCUACUUCGAAUUCCACCCCACCUCCACUGACACCACCAACUUCGAGUCCUCCUCCACUAGCGACUCCACCACCUUUGAGCCCCCCUCCAGCGUCAUCUACACCUAGUCCACCACCAGAAGUAUCUGGAAAAAGAGUCCACUGCAAGAACAAAAAUUACACCAAGUGCUACCGCAUGGAACAACGUUGCCCAAGUUCUUGUCCAGACCAAUGUGAGGUUGACUGCGUCACCUGCAGUCCUGUUUGUAACUGCAACAAGCCAGGGGCUGUCUGCCAGGAUCCACGAUUUAUUGGGGCUGAUGGAAUUACCUUCUACUUCCAUGGCAAAAAGGAUCAAGACUUCUGUAUAGUUUCCGAUUCUAAUUUACACAUCAAUGCUCACUUCAUUGGAAAGAAAAGCGAGAACAUGACAAGGGACUUUACUUGGGUCCAGUCCCUUGGUAUUCUAUUUGACAACCAUCAAAUAUUUGUUGGUGCUAAGAGGACAGCAACAUGGGACAAUGCAGUUGAUCGCCUAGACCUAGAUUUUGAUGGACAACAAAUACUCCUAUCCGAAGGUGCAGGUUCCAAAUGGCUACCAGCUACAGCACCUGGCGUUUCCAUCACCAGGUCUUUUGACGUCAAUGCUGCAGUUAUAGAAGUGGAAGGGAACUUCCAGAUAAAAGCAACUGUGGUUCCAAUCACAGAGAAGGAAUCAAGGAUACACAAGUAUGGCGUAACUGAUGAAGACUGCUUUGCCCAUCUUGAUUUGAGCUUUAAGUUCUACUCAUUGAGCGGUGCAGUAAAUGGAGUCUUGGGUCAGACAUAUAGCAGCAAUUAUGUCAGUAGGGCCAAGAUGGGGGUGGACAUGCCAGUUUUGGGAGGACAGAAGGAGUUUGCUUCUUCAAGCCUCUUCUCCACAGACUGUUCUGUUGCUCAAUUCAGCGGAACUCCUCCAAUCAGCACUACAAAUAAUGUGGAAUACUCUAACAUGAAUUGUGCAAGUGGAUUUGAUGGCCGUGGUGUGGUAUGCAAGAGAUGA